AUGGAGAAUAUGAGAGUGAAAAAAAGUGACGGGGAAGAAGAAGAGGGAGAAGGUGUAAGUGAGGAAGAUGAUUUGGAACUGCCUAAUGAUGGUAUAAUUGGGGUGGUUAGGAGAAUUAUGACUAUCAAUUUGGGUAGUGUUGAUGAAGGGCAGAGAGAGAAUUUGUUUCAUACUAGGUGUGGGAUAAAAAGGAAGACUUAUUCUAUGAUUAUUGAUGGGGGAAGUUGUGCAAAUGUGUAUGAUAGGGAUACUACUCAUCAUGGGAGAAAGAAUAGGUAUAGUCUUCUGCAUAAUGUUAAGAAGUAUAUUGCACCAUUAUCUCCUUCUCAAGUGUUUGAAGAUCAAAAACGAUUGAGGGAAACAAUGGGAAAACAAAAGGGAGAGAAUUUGGAAGAUGUUUUUCCUGAUGACACUCCAAAGGGAUUGCCACCUUUGACAGGGAUUGAGCACCAAAUAGACUUUGUGCCUGGGUCUCAACUUCCUAAUAGGCCUGCCUAUAGGAGCAAUCCUGAAGAUACCAAAGAAUUACAAAGGCAAGUUGAAGAUUGCUUGAAAAGUGGUUACCAUCAGAUUCAUAUGAAUCCUGGAGAUAAAUGGAAAACUGCUUUUAAGACCAAAAAUGGACUUUCUGAGUGUUCUAAGGGAGUUGAAGUAGAUGAUGAGAAAAUCAAGGCAAUAAAAGAAUGGCCUAAACCUAAUAGUGUAACUGAAGUUAGGAGUUUUCAUGGCCUUGCUCGUUUUUAUAGGAGGUUUGUGCGAGACUUUAGCACCAUUGCUGCUCCUUUAACUGAAGUCAUUAAAAAAGAUAAGUCUUUUGAAGUUGAGUGUGAUGCCUCUGGUAAGGGCAUAGGUGCAGUUUUGCUGCAAGACUCCAAGCCAAUUGCCUACUUUAGUGAAAAGCUAAGUGGAGCAACAUUGAACUACUCAACUUAUGAUAAGGAGCUAUAUGUCUUGGUAAGGGCGUUAGCUACAUGGCAGCACUACUUGUGGCCUCGAGAAUAUGUGGUCAAGACUGAUCAUGAGUCAUUAAAAUACUUGAAGAGGCAAGGUAAACUUAGUCGUAGGCAUGCUAAAUGGGUAGAGUUUAUUGAAACUUUUCCUUAUGUAAUUGCUUACAAACAAGCAAAGGAGAAUGUGGUUGCUGAUGCACUCUCAAGAAGGGAAGCACAUUGUGGAGGGCUAAUGGGACAUUUUGGUGUACCCAAAGCACUGAAAAUACUGUCUGAUCAUUUUUAUUGGCCUAGCAUGAGAAAUGAUGUUGAAAAAGUAACCAGUAUCAGCAUCCAGCACAUCAUUGAUUCUAGUGAGCUUCAGAGUUUGUUGAAUGGCACCAGCAAAGUUAAAAGAGCUUAA